CUCGGGCUGCGCCUCAGUCCGCCGCGCGAGCCCGCCGCGCGCCGCCGUCGCCGGCCCCGCCAUGGAGCACUUCAUCGAGACCGUGCGCAAGUACCCCUGCCUGUGGAACACCUCCGCCAUCGAGUACCGCGACCAGGAGCUGAAGGACGCGGCCUGGGCCGAGGUCAUGAAGGAGACGGACCUGUCGUCAGUGAAAGAAGUGAAACUGAAAUGGAAAAAACUCCGCGAUAGCUACCGAGACGCACUGAAGAGGCAGAGCGAGAUGCUGGCCAAGGACCCGGGCAACGUCGCCAAGAAGAACUACCCCUGGAAGUACAUGGGGCUCAUGCAGUUCCUGCAGCCCUACAUGAGCAACCGCAAGAAGCCGGAGGCCGGCUCCGCGGCGCCGGCGCCGCCCAACGGCCACGCCAACGGCGACGCGCACUCGUCGGCCGACGACUCCGAGUCCGAGGACGGCUCGUCCGCCAAGCGCAAGGCCGACCAGCUGGCGCUCAUGGACCGCAAGCUGGACUACCUGUGCAAGGCGGCGGGCAAGCGGCCCUGCACCGAGGCGGCGCUGGAGCGGCGCCGCGAGCCCGCGCCCGCGCCCGACCCGCUCGACAUCUUCUUCAACAGCAUGUGCCAGUCCACCAAGCGCUUCCCGUUCCAGACGCAGAUCAGGAUCAAGAAGACCAUAUUCAACGCCGUCAUCGAGGCCGAGGAGGCGCUGGUGGCGGAGCAGCAGAGCUACGCGAGCUUGUGGGCACAGGAAGCGGGGUCUUCCUCCAGCAGCGACAACGAGGCCCAGGAGGAGGAGGACACCAAGCCCUGAAGGCCGGCCGCCCCCGCCCCGCGCCCCCUGCUGCUCCUCCCGAGGCACAUUAGCUGGUACAGUCUUUGCUCGGGACAAUCACGAGAAACAUGGGAACUUAUUAACCACAGUGAUGAGGAACGAAAUCCUCUUGUAACUUGUUACUACUGUUUGAUAAUGCAACCUGCCCAUUUAUUUGUAAUUUCUUUCUUACUUUUGUACAUUUAGUUAGGGUUACGUUAAAUCUCCUCCUAUUUGUUUUUUAAUUAAGCUGGGUAGGCAGUAUCAUAACAAGUAAAAUAUAAUUUCAGCGGCUAAAUAAAUAGCGCAUCAAAAUGACCGUUAGUCUAUGAAUUGUAAUUUGUUAUUUAAUUAAUAAGUAUUCAUUUUCAUGUUCCCAUAUUAAAAACAGUGGUUUAUAGCUUUAAAGGUAACGAAAUGAGCAAAGAGUAUGAAUGUGGAGAGUAUUUUUACUUUUAUAAUGAAAAGUCGAUGGCUUUGCCAACAUUGUAGAGUUAAGUGUUGACGGCGACGAGUCAGUAUUUUAUAAGUUUUUUUCUGGAUGCGGAAUUCGACAGCAUUUAUUUUUCUUUACUAUAGAAGUCUUAAUUUUACAUAAGUAUUCUCGUGCAUCAUACUAUACCUAUAGGGAUACUCAUGAUAGUGUCACCAUAAAAUGUAAAGGUCCAAUUCAGACUUUUUCCCUUGGCAAAGUAGUAUACCGUAUACCUAAUUAAAGUAUGUAUGGUACUAAAGACGGAAUUGCUAUUAAUGUACAAGAGUUUAAAAUGUGUCAUAUAGAACGAGUUAAUAUACAUGUCGGUAUUGCUAGUGGUAAGUGCAAAGCUGACCUUAGCGCGCACGGCACGCCUCCAUAGGAUUAGUACCUACCUACUAAAUCAGCCCCAACAGGUUUUGCACAUGUGUAGAAAGAAAGCACAACACAUAUUUUAUGGUUAAGUUUUUUAUACCAGGCAGUGCUAUCACACUCAAUGUUUUCAAAUUCAAAUUGUGUUUAUUGUGAAUUCACAGGUACAUAAGUCAGUGUUUGUAGACUGAAAUUCGAAAGUCACGAAGUGGUAUUAUUGAAUGUGAGCACUUAAUGAUUGUGAAUCAAUACUCUACCUAAAUUACGAGCUAUGUAUGUAGAUUGUU